GAAAUAUAUUCAUAAAAUGUUAGUUUUCAACUUUUGCAUAACCUAUUUCGUGUUUAUCCACACAGCUUUAUCAAUUUAGUUGUCACACUUUACAUGACAAUACCGUGAACUUAAUGUGGUUUUUAGCAGAAAUCAGGAUCCCAGGCAAUGGCGGACCGUUUAACACAACUGCAAGAUUUGGUCAACGAACUGGCCAACUUGAUGUGCAACUCAAUUGGAGUUUUACGACUUACAGCACCAUCAUGUGAUUUUAAUGGAACAUCAAAAGCAUUAGAGGACGAAGAGAAUUGUGGUCUUUUCGCUGCAACAAUUGCGCAUACAGCUAAAGAUAUUGAGAUUUUGAUUGAUUCUUUGCCAAUAGAUGAACCGGCAGCAAGUAAUUCAGAAAUUGACUCAUCUUUAUUGAACAUGGACGAACAGAGGCAUCGAGCAGCUCGUGAACUUGAACAAACAGUUACUGAUGGUGAAGAACUGAUAAAAAAGAUACAGAAGGCAUUGGCUGAGAUUACACGAGUCCAAAUGCUGUCACGUCCAUUUAUUUGACAUAACUACAUCACUCGGACAUAUGUGGGUGUUUCUGAAAAUGCCGCGGUAUAAAAAUCUGUUGAUCGGAUAAUACCAACUGGCAGUGGACAGCUUCAGAUAAGUCGAUAAAGUUUUGGGGGCAAAAACAGAGCAUCAAGAAUAUGUGAACUCUACAUGAACUCGGAUUAAUGCAUGAAUUUAAUCAUAUGGAAAUGCAGUAGUUGGCAUUUUCGGGAUACGUUGGUGAUACAUGGCUGAUGGAUUAACUGGAUAAUCUUGGUGAUUCGUGUGUGUAGUAUAUUUCAGUAAGAAAAGUAAAAUCCAGAAAAGUAGAAUUUUCAUUCAUUUUACGUUUUCGGAGGGUGUAAAAGUGCUUCAUAAAAAGACAUGGUGAUAUGAUAAAUGCCUGUAGCAUGAUUACAUCAACUAUUUCCAUUAUUAAUGAUAGUUUUCAUUUUGUCAGGUAUAACUUCUGGAAAUCUUGUAUAUGC